GUAAGUUUCUCACUUUGCCAAGUGCAACACAAACUGUUCCUUAUCGAGAAAAAAAGAUUCUCUCUAUAAAAUCCCUCUCUUUGUGGUAAGAAAACAGAGCAACUAGAUCUCUCUCUCUCUCUCUCUUCUCCUCGAUCUCGAGUACGCAAAAGAACAAGAUGUCUAUUCGAAGAAUCUACAGAUGUUUGAAUUCUCUAAUCAAAAGAUCCUGUGCUCAAUCUCUAUGAUCAUUCGCCCCAUUUCUCACUUUGUUUCACCCUUCAGGUUUUCAAUUUUUUUUUCCAUCUUUGUUCUCUGUUUGUACUUGAGAACAACCCCCUUUGAACUCGAUCAAGAAGCCUGAGUUUCUUUGAAGAAUCAAGAAUGGUGCGGACACCGUGUUGCAAAGCUGAAUUAGGGUUAAAGAAAGGAGCUUGGACUCCCGAGGAAGAUCAGAAGCUUCUCUCUUACCUCAACCGUCACGGUGAAGGUGGAUGGCGAACUCUCCCCGAAAAAGCUGGACUCAAGAGGUGCGGCAAAAGCUGCAGACUGAGAUGGGCCAAUUAUCUUAGACCUGACAUCAAAAGAGGAGAGUUCACUGAAGACGAAGAAUGUUCUAUCAUCUCUCUUCACGCCCUUCACGGCAACAAAUGGUCCGCUAUAGCUCGUGGAUUACCAGGAAGAACCGAUAACGAGAUCAAGAACUACUGGAACACUCAUAUCAAGAAACGUUUGAUUAAGAAAGGUAUUGAUCCGGUUACACACAAGGGCUUAAACUCCGAUACCGACAAAUCAGAAAACCUCCCGGAGAAACAAAACGUUAAUCAGACAACUAGUGACGAUGAUCUUGAUAAUGACAAGGCGAAGAAGAACAACAAGAAUUCCGGAUUAUCAUCGGCUAGGUUCUUGAACAGAGUAGCUAAUAGGUUCGGAAAGAGAAUCAAUCAGAGUGUUCUGUCUGAUAUUAUCGGAAGUGGAGGCCCACUUGCUACUACUAGUCACACUACUACUACUACUACUACAAGUGUUUCCGUUGACUCUGAAUCAGAUAAGUCAACGAGUUCUUCCUUCGCACCAACCUCGAAUCUUCUCUGCCAUGGGACCGUUGCAACAACACCUGUGUCAUCGAACUUUAACGUUGAUGGUAACCUUAAUCCGACGUCUUCUUCGUCCACGUUCUCUGAUGCCUCCGUUAACAAUCCUCUAAUGUACUGCGAUAAUUUCGUUGGUAAUAAUAACGUUGAUGAUGAGAAUACUAUCGGGUUCCCGACAUUUCUGAAUGAUGAAGAUUUCAUGAUGUUGGAGGAAUCUUGUGUUGACAACACUGCGUUCAUGAAAGAACUUACUAGGUUUCUUUAUGAGGAUGAAAAUGACGUCGUUGAUGUGCCGCCGGUCUAUGAACGUCGAGAUAUGUUUGACGAGAUUGAUAACUAUUUUGGAUGAGAGAAUCUCCUGGUCGAUCAAUCCCACCUAAUCAUGUCAAUAUGAUCACAUAUAAAGAUAUACUAUAUGUCUAUGGCUAUGUUACCUUAAUGAUGAUGAUAAUAAAAAAAUAAUGAUGAUGAUGGUGAUGAACCAUGUAUGCAUGCCUAUAGCUAGUGUUGUCAUAUAUGCAUGUGUUUUUGUGUGUGUUUUUUUUCUUCC